CCUGCAUCCCCAUGUGGUCUAGCUGGAUGAGCUUAGGGCCCCGCUCCCCGGCGUCUGAGUGGAUACAAAGACCCGAGAUGCAUGCUCAUCACGCCCCAGGCGCCUGGCUCCCUCCGUCUUUUGGGUUCUUUGCCCAGGUGCUGGGAGUUCCAACUUGCCCAGCUUAUCCAGCUGCGGAUCGUUCGCAUCUCUCCCUCCACGGUCGUAUCAAAGACCUCGAUUGGCACCAACAGCGGCUGAGUGAUAUAUACUGGAAUCCCGAGAGCCUGGAAAGUAACGCCGAUGAGUUAUCUGGGCGCGGCCUAAGCUCAUUCGAAAUCACCUGUGCGGGGGAUCGCAUUCAAUUGCGCUUGGGUGUCCCGACUCCCUCGGGAUCUCUUUUUUCUCACGCAUCCGUCCUUCUGUGAUCCUCCGUCUACAACUUCGGCCAUGAUGGCCGUCAGGGCGCCAUUGUCCGUCUUGCCAUAUCGCGAUCCCUCCAGCCCUUUUGCGGGGCCUGAGCCAAUGCCUGUGGAAAUCUCCUCGAUCGCGGACAACACAAGAAACUCGGCUUAUCUCCCCCCGGACCCGGGUUUCACAAGUAUGGCGGAUACUUCAUCGGCGGCCUUUGAUCGCCAACGGCCAGAGAAGACCGAAGCGGUUGGCGAUAAGGUGGAUGGUGAGGGAGUAGCUACGACAGCGAUGCCUGUACAAGGACUAAGAGCGGGUGUAUCACCCCCUCCAGGACUAACCAUUCAAACCGCCCAAAUGCAUCAGAACGGACUCGUCGCAAGGUCCGAUGAGGACGAACCACCUCAGUCGGUAAUCCACGCCCCGGCCGGGUUUGGCGAUUUUGUUAGGUCACAGUCCUCUGACGAGCCUUGCGAAAAUGAGGAAUCAUCAUCCUCAAGCAAAUUAGAACACUCCCACCUGAUCGAGGUGCCGGGAAGAUCAGACACUUUGCGAAAGUUCGGGAAGACUGGCACGAGUCCCGUAUCUCCGCCCCCGUUGACUACUAGUGUGACGCCGGUCCCGGAUUGGUCGGAUAGAGCGACUCCUCGGGCACAAACAAGGCAAGAAUUCGAGGAAUCUGGCCGACGCACACGUUCGAGCAGCUUAGAAGAUAUACCGGAAGGUAGCGAAUGCAAAUCACAUGAAGUGGCCUCAGAAGUGGGAACUGACUUCCCGCCAGGAUACUUUGGUAGUAAAGGAGCGGAGAUUACUGCUCUUCGAGCAGCUCUGACGGAAUGCUGGACCCUCUGCAAUACAUUGUCUAGCCUCAGUUAUAUUAAUCGAGAAAGACUCCCGCAGUCCCACGCUGACGGCAUGCAAGAGGAUGCCUGGCGAUCCUGUUGGCGACUAUGCCAGAAGCUAUAUGACACUCGUGACGACGACUAUUGGUCACAAAUAAUUCCAACGCUCGAUUUAUGCCGAGAAUUCUGCCAGGCUUUGUUCGAAGUUCGUGUUUGUGAUAGCGACCUGACAGACUCGGUGCUGAGAGUGAGCUUUGAACUAAACAAUCACCUCUACAACACGCACGACCGCAACCUACCCGAUGCAUUCCGUGAGCGUACAUUGGAUUUCUACAUAACCCUUUGUCACCGGCUCAUGAAACAGCGAACCCGUCUAACAGAAACGGACUCUCUUCUCAGUGCCUGUUGGGCGCUUGCCGAGAUGCUAUUCAGUAUUCGGCAGGCUAAACGAGAAGGGAGGGAACCAGACGAAGAGUUGUUGGGCUCGGCAGUUCAAGCCUGCUGGGAACUUUGCGAUAUCUUUCGUGAGGGCUGGACGCUGAACAGCUUGCGCAGCUCAGAUCGGGGCACUCCGCGUCCAAGCCAAGCCACAUUUGCCCAGGCAUUCCAGCAAGUAUCGCAGCAGUCAGAAAUUGAUUUUGUCGAUGACUUGCUAGAACAAGGCCCAAAUCCCGAGACUCCGACCACGAUUUUUGACGAAACCGCCACAGUCUCCCCCGAUGAAGCGUCCGUUCCCAAUAUUUUAGUGCUAGGGCAUGGUACUGGUCACACAACUUCCCAUUCAGCAUGGUCUUCCAACGUUUCCAACGUCUCUGAGAAGUCGCGUUCAUCAGGGCAAACGGCGUCCUCAGCUAACACUGUCACCACCAUGUCGGAGGAUCCUAGUUUCACACGCCUGAAAGUGUUGAUCACCAAGGCUGCUAUGGACAGUGGCUAUCAGCGAGGAGGCACGCAAAAUCUAUCCUCAUUUGUGAAAUCGCUCCCUUCGGAUGCAUUUGGUUCGGCGUCAUGGCAAACCUCGUUGUUGAAGAGCUAUCGGAAGCUGGUUGCAUUUGAUCCUGUAUUCCGCAAUGUUGGAUCCCAGGCUCGUGUCGGUGCUGUCGAAGUGGCGCGCGCAUGCCAGGCAAUGGCUCAGAAUGGACAGUACUCUUGGCUGCGUGACCUAUAUCGGCUUGUUUUUGGGUUUCAUCUAGAAGAGGCUGCAGGCCGCAAAGGCGUGACUAUUCAGACAUAGUCCGGAAGGGUCUGCGCGCUGUUCCACCUUCUUUUUAUAUAAUUCU